CGACGAGGAUCAGAAUGUUACGUAACUUUUCCACCAAGCAUAAACCAGCCAGAAAAUAAAUCGAUCGAUCAAACCGAAAGAAACCGUUGAAUUUUACAGGUGACCGAUACAAACGACAACGCGCCAACAUUCCAGAACACCGCGUAUUCCUUCGACGUUCCGGAGAACAUGCCGAGAGGAAGUCGAAUAGGUCAAGUCGUUGCGACGGACGCAGACGCGGAUGGCCCCAAUAGUCAACUGAGCUAUACCCUGAUUUCUGACUGGGCCAACGACGUUUUUUCUCUGAAUCCUAGCACCGGUGUGUUCACGCUCACCGCCAGCCUCGACUACGAACAGGUGCAACACUACAUCCUGGUGGUUCAGGCGACGGACGGGGGAAUCCCGGCGCUUUCCUCGACGGUGACCGUCUACUGCAACGUGGUUGACUUGAACGACAACGCGCCGAUCUUCGAGGCGGGGCCACACGCGGUUGAUAUCGUCGAGAAUACGACGAUCGGCACCCCAAUCCUAUCUGUGACCGCCCAGGACCUCGACUCCGGAGAUAACGGGAGGGUAAUUUACGCUGUCGCCGGCGGUGACGAGAAUGGUGACUUCGGAGUGGCACCGAACGGCACCCUUUUCACUCGAAAGUUGCUCGACAGAGAACAAAAGCCACUUUACAAUUUGGUCCUCAGCGCCACGGAUAGCCCUCCGCCACCGGGCCUCCCUUUGUCCUCCACCGUACAGGUGACCGUAGUGUUAUUGGAUGUGAACGACAUGUCGCCCGAGUUCAUAUCACCGACCAAGAUUUCGAUAAUAGAGAACGCGCCAAGUAAUACAGUGGUGAUGGCCAUUAAAGCCGUGGACAGGGACGAAGGACGGAACGGAUACGUAGAGUACUCCCUCGAGGACACAACGCUUCCCUUCACCGUUGGACCCGUAGAUGGACUAUUGCGCGUAUCUGGCUCGUUGGAUCGCGAAUUAAGGUCAAACUACACCUUGGAAGUAACCGCGAAAGACCGCGGUGAACCACCGAGAUCGUCCUCGACCACGGUCACUGUCACGGUCCUCGACAAGAACGAUAAUUCGCCCGUGUUCGAUCCGCGACAGUAUUCAGCCACCGUGGCUGAAAACGCAAGUAUCGGGGCCAGUGUACUCCAGGUGUCGGCGAUGGACCGAGACGAGGGCGCGAAUGGAAGGGUAAGAUACGGUAUAGCGAUGGGGGACGAUAACAGAGACUUCACAAUUUCGGAAGACGGGGGUGUGAUCAGAGUGGCGAAGAAUUUGAAUUUCGAACGGAAGUCUAGAUAUUAUUUGACAAUCAGGGGAGAAGAUUGUGCCUCGGAAGUAGGGGAAACGCCACGGGGCGACACCGCUCAGGUCACUAUCACCGUCCUCGACAUCAACGACAAUGCGCCCGUUUUCUUGGAUUCGCCUUAUUUAGCCCACGUUAUGGAGAACAUGGUACCACCUGGAGGAGGAUUCGUGAUACAGGUGAAAGCUUAUGACGCGGACACGCCCCCUUACAACGAUCAAGUGAGAUAUUUUUUGAAAGAAGGGGACACGGAUUUGUUCCGAAUAAAUGCGAGUACAGGUGACAUUUUUCUGCUCCGGCCACUUGACAGGGAAUUGGUGCCGGAAUACACCCUCACAUUGGUGGCCAUGGAUACCGGUUCCCCACCUUUGACUGGAUCAGGCAUCGUUAGAAUCGUCGUGCUCGAUGUCAACGAUCACAUUCCGGAAUUCACGAGACAGGAGUACAGGGCGACCGUCACCGAAAAUUCAGUUUCCCGAACGUGGGUCACUAAACCUCACGCUACGGACAAAGACGAGGGCCUUAACGCAAAAAUCAGAUACAGUUUACUGGGAGAAAAUUCGGAACGUUUCACCGUGGAUCCCGAGACAGGCGAGGUGUUCACAGUGGUGCCGUUAGAUCGAGAGCAAACCUCUGUCUACCAUCUGACAUUGGUCGCUCAGGAUUCGAGUCCCACGGAACCGCAAGCCUCCGCCGUUAAUUUAACGAUCUUCGUAAAGGACGUGAACGACAAUGCUCCUAGAUUUUCUAGUCCAAGAUACACAGCCUAUGUGCCGGGCGCAACUAAAUCGGGGGAUUUCGUGUUCGGCGCGAAAGCGGUGGACGACGACGACGGGGAAAAUUCUCGGAUCGUAUAUCGUCUCCAGGGAAUAGACGCGGAGAAGUUUGUGAUCGAUUCGAACAGUGGUGUGAUAAGAGCUACACAGGAAUUGGCCAAUGACGAAACCACUUACCAAUUGCAAAUCCAGGCGUCCGAUUGCGGCGUUAAACCGCAGUCGGUCACCGCGGACUUGGUCAUACAUCUGUGGGAGAGGCAACUGUUUCCUAGCUUUCGUUCGAGCGUCACCACCAGGUUCACACUGCCGGAAGACGUGCCGGAGGGCCGGGUGGUCACAAAAUUGGGCGCGACCACGCCAAAAAUCGGAGCAGCGAGUAAUUUGGUUUACGGGAUGGCCGGUGGAAACGUUGGCGACGCGCUCAAGAUCGAUCCUCAUACCGGCGAGGUAUUGGUCGCGUCUGGAUUCGAUUAUGAAACAGCGCCGUUCUACGAAGCCUGGGUCGAGGUUCGUGAUUCGGACACCCCGGCUCUGAGGAGCGUUGUGCAACUUCUCGUGAAUGUUACGGACGCGAAUGACAAUGCGCCGGUGAUGGAGGCGGCAAUUUACAACGCCACAGUCCCCGAGGAGGAGUAUCCGCCCCUGUUCGUCAGCAAAGUUUCAGCGAAAGAUCGUGAUUCUGGCGAGAAUGGGCAGGUUUCCUAUUAUCUGGUGAACGAUUUUACCGAGACUUUCAUCAUUGAUUCUGAUAACGGUGAAAUUAGCACCAAUGCGAAAUUAGACCGUGAAGAGAUCGCUUCUUACGAGCUGAUCGUAGAAGCGCGAGACGAGGGACAGCCUUCGUUGACGGGCACGGCAACUGUCUUGGUCACUGUGUUGGAUAAAAACGACAAUCCGCCUCAAUUCACCCGGCUGUUCAGCGUGAACGUGACGGAAAACGCAGAGAUCGGCACGUUUGUUAUAAGAAUUACUAGCAGCGAUCUCGACAUCGGUCAAAAUGCUAAUGUCAGCUACAGAUUCACCGAGAAUCCGGGGCAAAAAUUCGCCAUGGACGCUUUGAGUGGUAACGUCACUGUAAAUGGCCAUUUAGAUAGAGAGGAGCAGGACGAAUAUUUGCUAAAGUUGGUAGCGGCAGACGGAGCUUGGCAAGCGGCAACCGCCCUAACGAUAACCAUUCAAGAUCAGAACGACAACCCCCCGGAAUUCGACGAGGAAUCGUACCACUUCCACUUCCCCGAGCUCCAACCAUCUGUUGCCCACGUCGGCCAAGUAACCGCGAUCGAUCGCGAUAAACAGGGGCCAAACUCGGUGAUAUCCUACAGCCUGUUACAACCUUCCGACCUGUUCACCGUCGAUCCGGCAACCGGUGACGUUUUCAGUAAAAAGACUCUAAAGUACAAGCACACUCACCGGCCCUCCUCGCCCGAGAACCUGUACUCGUUAACGGUGGUCGCCACCGACAACGGGAAGCCGCCUCUCUCCUCGAAAACGUCGAUCCACGUGAACGUCGUCGACGCGAAUAACAACGCCCCAAGGUUCGAGCAGAGGUCUUACCUCUACCCUGUCCCCGAAAACUACGGGGUCGGUAAAAGGGUGGUGCAGCUGGUCGCAAGGGAUGAUGCCGACUUCGGCGUGAACGCGGAGAUUAGCUACUUUUUGGUGAACGUGAACGGAAGCGAGUACUUUUCCAUCGAUGAGAAAUCCGGAUGGGUGUACAUCCAGAACGCGUUGGCCAACGUGCGAGUAGGAACGACGUUCUUAUUGAAGGUUCGAGCGAUCGACAAAGGCGUGCCGCCGCAAAAGGACGAGGUCUCGUUGACUUUGGUUAUAUCGGGGGAGAACAAGCACGCUCCCACGUUUGCCGCUGUCAGCCAUCAAGUGAGGGUGCCCGAGAACGAGCCCGUAAACACGACUAUUUUGACGGUGAGCGCCACCGACGGCGAUGACGGGCCGAACGGGAUGAUAAGGUACAAGAUAUCGGCCGGGAACGAGAAGAACGAGUUCUUCGUCCAUUCGAUCACCGGUGCGGUUACAAUACUCGAGCCGUUGGAUUACGAUCUGGUGCAAGAGUAUAAAUUGAACAUCACUGCUACGGAUCUGGGAUUCGAGGCGAAACAGGCUGUCGCCAUUUUAACCGUAAACGUGUCUGACAUCAACGACAAUCCGCCAACGUUCAACCAAAGCGUUUACGAAGCCUAUCUACCCGAAAAUUCCCCACCGGACAGUUUCGUUUACAAGGUGAUCGCGAAAGACAUCGAUUCCCCCAAGUACGCCGUGAUCGAGUACAAAAUUCUCGGUGGAACAGGGAAGGAUCAUUUUCGUAUUCGCGAGGAUACAGGCGAGAUCACCUCUCUGAUCAGUUUCGACUACGAGGAGGCCAACGAAUAUACGUUGGACAUAGUGGCGGCGAAUCCGGACUCGAAUCCGCAAAUGGUCGGGUUCACGACUGUCCUGGUGCGCGUGACAGGUGUGAACGAAUAUUAUCCAAAGUUCAUUCAACCGGUAUUCCACAUGGACGUGUCGGAAAGCGCGGAGGUUGGCACCUCCGUGGGCCUGGUCCAGGCAACGGAUCAGGACGCGGGCGAGGACGGGAGGGUGUAUUACCUUUUCGUCGGUUCCUCGAACGAUCGCGGCUUCUCCAUCGGUUCCGAGACGGGGAUAAUUCGCGUCUCGCGAAGAUUGGACCGCGAGACCCAGAACAGGGUGGUGUUGACCGUGAUGACGAAAAAUGGGGGCGGAAUCCGUGGCAAUGACACGGACGAGGCACAGGUCAUAGUCUCGAUCCAAGAUGGCAACGAUCCGCCGGAGUUCCUUCAGAGCGCUUACGACGCGACCGUGUCCGAAGGUGCCGUGCACGGGACUCGAGUGUUGACCGUUAGAGCGGUGGACAAGGAUAUAAAACCGCAAAACAAUCAGUUCUCUUAUUCCAUCAUCGGUGGGAACAUAGGGCAGGCGUUCAAGGUAGAUCCCCAGACAGGAGACAUAGAGACUGCCAAACAAUUAGAUCGAGAAACGAUCCCUGUUUACGACUUGACGAUCGGCGCCAUCGAUACCGGAUCGCCGCCUCAAACCGGCACAGCCGCCGUUCACAUCGAACUCAUGGACAUCAACGAUAACGGGCCUAUCUUCGAUCCGCCCGAGGUAGUCGGCUACGUGAACGAAAAUGAGCCGGCUGGAACGAUUAUAAUGACAUUGAGCGCGACUGACCCUGAUCUACCACCGAAUGGAGCGCCGUUCACUUAUAAACUGGUCGGUGGAAGGCAGAGCGACAUGGUCACUUUGGACAAGCAUACCGGGGUAUUGAAGACGACUAGAAGCUUAGAUCGGGAAGUUAUGCCUCAAUUGGAUCUUGUGAUCGAAGUGGAAGAUUCCGGAAUACCAAGAAUGAGGAGCGAGCAUACGAUAACCGUAAUAGUGAUGGAUCAAAAUGAUAGUCCAUCUUCGCCAAGAUCGGUUCACGUGAUAGUGCAUUCCUUUAACGAACAGAUACCAUUGGGAAAAAUUGCCGACGUGCAUCCAAAUGAUCCGGAUAUCACUGGCAGUUAUUCUUGCAAAAUACUCCAAGGAUCGAAUCCCAAGAUCCUCAGCAUUCCCACAGCUUGUGAUCUACAUACGAAGAAAAUAACUCCAGGUGUUGGUUACUCGUUAAGCGUAUCUGGCAACGACGGUCGACAUCCUAACGUAGUGUCGAAGGUCACCGUAGAAUUCCUCGUUUUCACAAAUAGCACAAUCGAAAAUAGCAUUACGUUACAAGUGUCAAAGUUAAGCGCGAGGGAUUUUUUAAGCCAAUAUUAUCGCGCCCUGUUGGACGUUCUGCAAGAAGAAAUUGACGUUGGUGAUACUCUUAAGAUCUUCAGCCUUGGAGAGACCGAAUUCGAUUUAAAUAUUCACCUGGCAGUGGAAUCGCCUCAAGUAGGAUAUCGCAGCAAGUACGAGGUCACCGAACUGGUGAACCGUAACCGAGAUAAAAUUCGAUCUCUUCUCGAGGGAACAAACUUUAUCGUCGGUUACUCACCGUGUAAGCAGAUACCUUGCGAGAACGGUGGUUCUUGCAGCGACAAAUUGGUCAUAUACGAUGACGCCAGAAUCACUGACAGCCAAGCGUUGAUUCUCACGUCGCCGAGAAUGAUUCACGAGAUGACUUGCAAAUGCCGCGAUGGUUUCACCGGUGAUAAAUGCGAGAGAAGACAAGAUCCUUGCUCUCCGAAUCCUUGCUUAUUGGGGGGACAGUGUCGACGACUGGGUUACGAUUUCCAGUGCACCUGCCCGAUCGAUCGCGAGGGAAAAUUAUGCGAGCUUGAAAGAGGCGAUGCUUGCGCGAGCAAUCCGUGCAGGAACGGUGGAUCGUGCAGGAAAAGUCCCGACAGCUUCAGUUUCUUCUGUUUGUGCCGAGCUGGGUACAGAGGGAACCAUUGCGAGGCAGUCACGGACUCUUGCAGGCCGAAUCCUUGCCUAUACGGAGGUUUAUGCGUGGGAGAAAAGCCUGGGUACAGGUGUAGCUGUCCAGAGGGUCGUUACGGGAGACAUUGCGAGCGAUCCACGUUCGGGUUCGAGGAAUUAUCUUACAUGGCGUUUCCAGCACUUGAUUCAAACACGAACGACAUAACCAUUGUGUUUGCCACGACGAAAUCGGACGCGUUGCUGCUCUAUAAUUACGCUCCGCAAACUGGAGGACGUUCAGACUUUGUUGUACUAGAGUUGGUGGACGGAAGAGUGGUGUUUUCAUACGGUGGCGCGAGAAGCGCCAUCACCUCGAUCACCAUAAAGACGGAGAACACCGUGUCCGAUGGGGAGUGGAGAAAAGUGACGGCAACCAGAAACGGACGGGUCGUAUCCCUGAGCGUGUCCAUGUGCAGAGAACACGGAGAUAUUUGCGACGAUUGCAGGCCCGGUGAUGGUACUUGCUACGCGGAUGACGUAGGACCAACUGGAACCUUGAAUUUCAAUAACAAUCCACUUCUGGUGGGAGGGCUCGAAAAUGCGGAUCCAGUACUCGAGAGGCCAGGUCAAGUCCAUUCCGAUGAUUUCGUGGGAUGCGUCCAUUCGGUUUCCAUAAACGGAAGAGCGUUGAACCUCUCGAAUCCUUUGUCAUCCCGUGGCGUUAAAUCCACGUGCGUCAGAUCGAAGAACAAUCCUUGUCUAAGAGGUGGAAAAGACGCGGUCUCACUUUGCGGAGCCGAUGCCAAGUGUUACGACAAAUGGCAUCAAGUAACUUGUCGAUGCGGCUCGGUAAUCGCGCCCAAUUGCGGGACGGCUCUCGAACCGAUCACUCUAAGCGAAGGUGGAUACAUCGAAUUCAAAAUUUCGGAGAAGCAUAGAAGAAUGCAAUUACUGGAGUAUCUUUAUGGAGGUUCGACGAUGUGGCAUAAGAAUCGAGCGAAACGAAGCAUCACCGAGGAUACCAGCUUCAUUACCAAUCAAUCGCCGUUUAAAACGAUUAGCUUAAUGUUUAGAACGGUUAAACCUGAUGGUAUCCUUAUCUAUGCCGCGACUAACAAACAUUUCACAUCGGUAGAGCUUCGCAAUGGACAACUAUUUUACGCAUCCCUUCUUGCAUCGCCCGUAAACAUGACGGCUAACAUCGAGGGAAGCUUAGCAGACGGUCGAUGGCAUAACCUGACCCUACAUUCCUACUUUCGAGGCUUAAGAUUGCUCGUGGACAACGUUCAGACGGGCGAAGAAUUAGAUCCUGCCGGUGUCCACGACUUCCUGGAUCCGUAUCUAUCCGUGCUAACGAUCGGUGGGGUUAGCCAAGAUCUUUAUUACGCUCAUAGCGCUGGCGCAAGAAGUUUCGAAGGUUGUUUGGCUAACUUCACCAUCAACAACGAGAUCCAGCCGUUCAAUGGAUCCGGCUCGAUCUUCAAAGAGGUGCUCUAUCAUUCGAAGGUGAGCACCGGAUGCAGAGGGCCGAUUGGAAUCAGCGCUGCCGCAACAGCUGACCCCUUAAGCAUAGGGAUCACUUUAGUCAUAGUUUUCUUCGUGAUCCUGCUAAUCGCUAUUCUGGUCAGUUUUAUCGUUUUCCGUCUGAGAAGACAGAACAAGGAGAAAUCCGCCCCCUCGGUGGUAAACAAGAAUACCAAUGCUAUAAUGACUGGCAAUCCGUUGGUAGGGACAGGGAACGAUAAUCUAAUGUCUCGCCACGAAAAUACGUAUAUCUCGGAUACGUCCGAUUUGCGUGGCGUAGGUCACAUGGGGCCAGAAUUGAUCUCAAAGAAAUAUAAAGAACGCGAAAUUAACGCGAGCACCGAGCACAGACCUCAAAGACCGGAUAUAAUCGAAAGAGAAGUGACAAAGUCACCGCCCAUUCGAGACGAGCACCCGCCUCUUCCCCCGCCUGCCCAAACUUCUCUGCACACCCACGAGCAUAAUCCAGAACCUGAUAUGCCGGAGCACUACGAUUUGGAAAAUGCAAGUUCAAUAGCGCCGAGCGACAUCGAUAUCGUGUACCAUUACAAAGGUUAUAGGGACGGAAUGCGGAAGUAUAAAGCCACUCCCCCGCCUAUUAACAACUACGCCAAUCAUCAUAAGCACACAGGUCAACAGCACAGACACACCGGCCCGUUCCCGCCUAGAGCCUUGCCACCACCGAACGUGAAUCAACCGCCUGGCCCGACACAGAAAUUGUUGCAAAGUACACCGUUGGCCAGAUUGUCGCCUAGCAGCGAAUUAUCCGCCCAACAACCGAGGAUAUUAACGUUGCACGACAUCAGUGGAAAACCUUUACAAAGCGCCCUUCUAGCCACCACUUCUUCAUCCGGAGGAGUAGGAAAAGAUGCUUUGAAUUCGAACAGCGAAAGAAGUUUAAACUCACCGAUCAUGAGUCAAUUGUCUGGAUCGACGGCAAGUCGAAAAGCGCCUCAAUCCAACAACGAGAAUUCGGUGAACAACGUGUCCUCCGGUCCUAUAGGGUUAACGGCAGAAGAAAUCGAAAGAUUGAAUUCGAGACCGAGGACUUCGAGCCUCGUCUCGACUUUGGACGCCGUUAGUUCCUCGAGCGAAGCCAGAGGGCCACCGCGCACGGUCCACUCCAUCUUCAUCGGCGACACGCCACCUGUGGAGAGACUGGAACGAAGAAAUUCGUCGACGACCGACGAGAGCGGUAACGAUAGUUUCACCUGUUCCGAAUACGACAACACCUCGUUGGUAGGUGACAAACGAUCGGAUAACCCGUUUGCGAAGCAAGAUGACGAAGAGGUGAAUCAACGUAACAACGAGUCUGCUCAAACGACGAAACCACCAUUGCCACCGAACGUAAAUUACGAUGGUUUCGACAGUUCUUUUCGCGGAUCUUUGAGCACUUUAGUAGCUUCUGACGAUGAUUUAUCCACGCAUAUGGGUGGAUUGUACAGACCUAAUAAUAGUGGCUCGCCAUCAACCACUACUACCGCGUUGAGUUGGGACUAUUUGUUGAAUUGGGGAUUGAACUUUGAUAGUUUGGUCGGAGUGUUUAUCGAUAUCGCGGAACUUCCAGACAGUGCCAAUCGUGUUCCAAGUACGCUUAGAUUACCAGCUAAUAUACCUAAACCAUCCGAGGAAUACGUUUGAAUGGUGUUUUAAUGAUCGACUGGAACUUUUUUAAUAUAUAUAUAUAUAUAUAUAUAUUAUUAUUAAAAAGAGCUACAUAAAGGUGCAUUUUCCUUCUCUUUUCUCAUUUGAGAAGACAAAAGCGUGCACGAAUAACCAUCAUGCGCGAAUGAAAUACGCUUUAAUUGCCAAUUAAAAUAAGUCAUAAAAA